CCCAGCGACGGGAGUUUAUAGCCUGGAGUCUGGGUUGGUGCAGGGUGCAAUCUGUUGCUGCGAUCCAAAGGGAGAAAGAGACACAAGAGUGGUUGCAAACUUGGUCCUCAACAACAGCACAGAGGAAGCAUAAGAGAAUUGUCACUUUUUUUUUGAAACACAUGAGAGCCAGAGGGACUAAUCUGUGCAGAUCAUUUGCUGAGUGAAAGGGAAGGAAGAGGAAAUAAAUCUUGGUGAGAAGAAAGUAAAGACCAUGGGAAGUUUGCAGCGGAGAGGGAAGAGUGAGUGCCGCAGUUUGUGUCUGUGUGUGGCCAGGCUGCUGCUGUUGUUGGCUUUGACAGUGACAGGUAGCACAGCGGGCUAUGAGAGUUUGGAAAGUGCGGAACUCUACUACGGGUUCAUGUCGGGACUGUCCGAGGACUCCAUCCUUCUGGCCAACAACGGCAUCCGUGUGCCCUUCGGCCGCUCGGUCGACCUGGACCCCAUCCACGACCUGGUCAUCCAGGUGCAGCCGGGGGACAAGUGCACGGUCACGGUCCUGGGCAACGACCCGCUGUCCCAGCGGCCGGGCCAGCUGAGCCCCAAGAAGUUCCCGUGCGACUUCGGCCGGGACGAGGUGAAGUACUCGCACUUCGGCUCCCGGAGCCCGUCCCGGGACCGGGUGAAGCUGCAGCUGAGGUACGACAGCCAGACGGACACGGUGAUCAUCCCGUUCAUGCUGGAGGUCGAGGUGGUCUUCACGCAGCUGGAGAUCGUCACCCGCAACCUGCCGCUGACCGUCGAGCGCCUCCUGGGCACCAGCAACGCCAUCGACCGCAAGGUGCUGGAGCUGAGCUACCAGCCGAGCUGGCAGCGCUGCCGCCUGGCUACCUUGAGUGGCGCCGGCGGCCUCCCUCGCUACGGGCGGCUGCUGGACGAGAGGCGAGGUGGAGAAGGAGGAGGAGGAGGAGGGGGCCAGUUGCUGGACUGCCAGGAGUUCCUGGACUCGGGCGUGCGGUACCGCCACGUCGCGGCCAGCGGCUCGCCGAACCGGGACUACAUCCCGGCGGUGGUGGAGCUGCAGGACGCCGAGGGCCAGCUCCUGAAGCAGGAGUACUUCCAGAUCGUGGUGAGGAUCCGAGGCGGGGCGGACAACACGGCGCCCAAGCCCAGCUUCGUGGCCAUGAUGAUGAUGGAGGUGGACCAGUUCGUGCUGACCGCCAUCACCCCGGACAUGCUGGCGGCAGAGGACGCCGAGAGCGAGCCGGGAGAGCUGGUCUUCAACAUCACGGCGCCGCCGCCGCUCGGCUCGGUGGUGAGCACCGACGACCGGCACCUGCCCAUCACCUCCUUCUACCAGCGCGACCUGCAGGAGCUCAAGAUCGCUUACCAGCCGCCGGCCGCCGACUCCGACCACGAGAGGAUCUUCCAGAUCGAGUUCGAGGUGGUGGACACCGAGGGCGCGGUGUCCGAGCCGUUCGCCUUCGUGGUGGUGGUCAAGCCGAUGAACACGCUGGCGCCGGUGGUCAGCCGCAACACCGGGCAGCUGCUGUACGAGGGUCAGUCCCGGGCCCUGUCCAGCUCCCGCAACCUGCAGCUCAGCGACGAGGACAACCUGCACGAGGUCAGGCUCACCGUGCUCGACGGCCUGAGGCACGGCCAGCUCACCGUGCUGGGCUCCCGCCGCAAGUUCUUCACCGCCGCCGACUUGGACGCGGGCACCGUGCUCUACCAGCACGACGGCAGCGACACGUACAGCGACAACAUCGUCUUCCGCAUGACCGACGGCGAGCACGACGUCGAGUUCCUCUUCCCCAUCACCGUGGUGCCCACCGACGACGAGCCGCCCGUCGUCAACGCCAACACCGGCCUGAGCGUGCGCGAGCACCAGGCCGCGCCCAUCUCGCCCUUCGCGCUCAGCGCCACCGACGUCGACUCCGAGGACUCGACCAUCCGCUUCGCGCUCGAGCCGCCCGCGGCCACCGUCGGGGAGCUGGUCCUCCGGCAGCUGGAGCCCCCUGCCGACCCUUCCUCCUGGCAGUACUCCGAGACGGCGGGCGCCUAUGAGAAGGUGGUGAGCGAGUGGUCCCAGCAGGACAUCCUGGACGGCAGGCUCUUCUACCGCCAUGUGGGCCCUCACAGCACCCAGGCGGUGAUGGAGCAGCUGGUCUUCCGUGUGCGCGACGACAACGACCCGCCCAACCAGUCUGGCGAGCACACCUUCGUGAUCAAAAUCCAACCGGUGGACGACGUCGCCCCCGAGCUGUACCCGGGCACCAGUUUGCAGAUGGUGGUGGAGGAGUACCGCCUGACCCACUUUCGCAGGAAGGUUCUUCGCUACACCGACUUGGAUUCGGAUGACAGGGAUCUGAGGUACACUGUUACAAAGCCCCCCACCGACACCGACGAGAACAACCCCGUGCAAAUGGGCAACAUCGUCUUGACCGAAAGCCCCAACACCCUGGUGGGUGAGUUCACCCAAGCUCAGGUCAACCACCACAAAAUUGCCUACCGACCGCCCGAUGUGGAGCUUGGAAUCACUCCUCAUGUGGUUCAGUUUGAGUUUACAGUGGAAGACACGGCUGGCAACAGUGUGGAUGGGACCUGCACCAUCUUCCUGCAGCCGGUUGACAACAAACCGCCUCAAAUAACCAACACUGGCUUUACAAUGUUCGAGAGAGACACCUACAUAAUUACAAGUGCCGAGCUGGAUGCCACGGACCCAGACACUGAUGGACCCCAGAUUACAUUUACGCUCUCUCAGCUUCCGAAACAUGGGCAGUUGCAGUACGCAGGUGUUACUAUAACUGAGGGAGAAGCAUUUAAUUUGAAUGAUAUAAGCAAUGGGAAAAUUGCAUAUGUGCACAACGGUGACGAGUCUACUAGUGAUUUAUUGAAAAUAGAUGUCAGUGAUGGAGUUCAUACAGUUACUAUCACUGUUAAGGUAACAGUGCGUCCUGUUGAUGAUGAAGUGCCAACUAUUACACUUCCAGUUGGAACCAUUGGAUCAUACUUAGAUGUGUUGGAGAAUGGAGCCACUGAAAUAACAACCAAUGUCAUCCAAGGAACCGAUGAAGACACAGAUGAUCUUCGGUUGACCUUCAUUGUUGAGGAUCAACCGCAACAGGGAGAGAUCUUAGUUAAUGGAAUCCCCUCUGAAAGUUUUACACAACAAGACAUCAUUAAUGGGGUUGUGAUUUAUGCUCAUACAGAUGGUGAGAUAGGACUGCAAAAGAAAGAAGAUUCUUUUAAUCUGACACUCACUGACAUGUCUGAUGAGUGGAACAUUGGAGGAAACAAAGUGCAAGGUGUCCGUGUACAGGUGACUGUCCUUCCUGUUGACAGUCAAGCUCCAAACGUUAUUGUGGGAAAGCAGUUUACUGUGGUUGAAGGUGAUAAAAACACAAUAUCGCAGCAACAUUUGAAAGCUGAAGAUUUUGAUACCCCCAAUGAUGAUAUUCUCUGCACUAUAAUCGUCCAACCGACUUCUGGCUAUGUCGAGAACAUUUCACCGGCUCCUGGGUCUGAGACAUCUCGUGCAGGAACAGCUAUCACUGCUUUCACUUUUAAAGAGAUACGUCUUGGACACAUUAAUUAUGUUCAGAGCAUUCACAAAACUGUUGAACCAGUGGAAGAUAGGUUUACAUUUCGCUGCUCUGAUGGAAUUAACUUCUCAGAGAGGCACUUUUUUCCAAUUGUUAUAAUACCCACAAAUGAUGAAAAACCAGACAUUUUCAUGAGAGAAUUUGUUGUAAUGGAAGGUAUGAGCCUCGUCAUUGACACUCCUAUUCUCAAUGCUGCAGAUGCUGAUGUCCCUGCCAAUGACUUAACUUUCUCCAUCAUUAAAGCACCAAAGCAUGGUCAGAUAGUAAAUCAGCUUACUACAGGCACUGUCCUUGUCAACAGUUUUACUUUAGAUCAGAUCAGAGAAGGUUCCAGCAUUGUUUAUGAGCAUGAUGAUUCCGAAACUAAGGAAGACAGCUUUGACAUUCGCCUUACAGAUGGGAAGUACAGUGUUGAAAAGACAGUAAUCAUUAUGGUUAUUCCACUUGAUGAUGAGACUCCAAGAAUGACCAUAAAUGAUGGGCUAGAAAUUGAGAUUGGAGAAACAAAAGUUGUAAAUAAUAACGUUCUUAAAGCUACAGACCUGGACUCAGAGGACAAAACUCUUGUGUACGUUAUACGUUAUGGACCUAAUCAAGGUCUCUUGCAACAACGUCUGCCUUCAGGGAAGUUUAAAAACAUUACAGUAGGAACAAACUUUACCCAGGAUGAUAUUGACAAGAAUUUGAUUCAGUAUACACAUACUGGCCAGGAAGGUAUCCGCGAUCUCAUCAAGUUUGAUGUCACCGAUGGCAUUAAUCCACUCAUUGAUCGUUAUUUUUAUGUUUCUAUUGGUGGUAUUGAUAUGAUCUUUCCUGAUGUGGUCAGUAAAGGUGUCUCACUAAAAGAAGGUGGAAAAGUAACUCUUACAACGGAUUUACUUAGUACCACAGAUCUGAAUAGCCCUGAUGAAAAUCUUCUUUUCAGUAUUACGCGAGCACCUGUUCGCGGUCACCUAGAAUGCACAGAUCAGCCUGGGAUACCUAUCACAACAUUCUCACAGCUUCAAUUAGCUGGUAACAAAAUCUACUAUAUUCACACAUCUGACGAUGAAGUGAAAAUGGACAGUUUUGAAUUUGAAGUCACAGAUGGAUACAACCCUGUGUUUCGUACUUUCAGAAUCUCUAUCAGUGACGUUGACAACAAAAAACCUGUCCUUACUUUCCAUGACUUGAUGGUGAAUGAAGGAGAGGUAAAACUAAUUACUCCAUUUGAACUGACUGUUGAAGACAGAGACACACCUGAUCACUUGCUGCGGUUUACUGUGACACAAGUUCCAGUUCACGGACAGCUGCUAUUUAACCGCACAACAUCCAUUACGUCUUUUACUAAGCAGGACUUGAAUGAAAACCUCAUCAGUUACAAGCAUGAUGGGACAGAAUUUUCUGAAGAUAGCUUUUCUUUCACAGUGACUGAUGGCACGCAUACGGACUUCUAUGUCUUCCCUGACACUGUCUUUGAAACACGAAAAUCACAGAUGAUGAGAAUACGAACAAUGCCCAUUGAUAAUGGAGUGCCUCAGAUUAUUGUGAAUAAAGGUGCCCCCACUCUUCGUGGCCUUACCACAGGACACCUUGGGUUUAUGAUUACCAGCAAAGCAUUAAAAGCUGAAGACCGUGAUAGUGUACAUAGUUCUUUGAGGUUCAAGAUUCUGGAAGGUCCUGAACAUGGAUAUCUUAUCCACAUGGGCAAAGGAAAUGAGAGUGUAACUGGAUUUACUCAAGGGGAAAUUGAUGACAUGAAGAUCUGCUAUGUAUUGAAAGAAGGGGACAAUGCGACAAGUGACGUAUUCCACUUUUCUGUCGAAGACAGUGGUGGUAAUAAGUUGAAGAAUCAACUUUUUCGUUUGAACUGGGCUUGGAUCUCCCUGGAAAAGGAGUACUACCUUAUAGAUGAGAAUUCAAAAUUCCUGGAGGUUACAUUAAAGCGCAGAGGUUAUCUGGGAGAAACAUCAUUUGUUGGCAUUGGUACAAAAGAUGGCACAGCUGAGAAGGAUAAGGAUUUCAGAGGAAAAUCCCAAAAACAGGUGCAGUUCAAUCCAGGUCAAACAACAGCAUCUUGGAGAGUACGGAUUUUGACAGAUAACGAAUAUGAACAGUCUGAAACAUUCCAAAUUGUACUUUCUGAGCCCGUCAUGGCUGUUCUGGAAUUCCCAGAGACUGCAACUGUGGAGAUUGUGGACCCGGGUGAUGAAUCGACGGUCUUUAUCCCCAAAUCUUCCUAUGCCAUUGAUGAAGAUAUUGGUGAGUUGUUAAUUCCAGUGAUGAGGACAGGAGAUACGAGUCAAGAACUGAUGGUUAUCUGUUCCACACAUCAAGGCAGUGCGACUGGCACUAUUCCAUCAAGUGUGCUGUCUUACUCAGACUACAUCACUCGAGCAGAGGAUCACAACAGUGUUAUUCGUUUUGACAAGGGCGAAACAGAGAAAUUAUGCCAUGUAGUCAUCAUUGAUGAUUCUCUGUAUGAAAAUAAGGAGACCUUUAACGUCACACUGAGUAUGGCCAUGGGGGGCAGAAUAGGAGUACAUCCAUUGACUCAGAUUAUCAUCCUCCCUGAUGUGAAUGACGAGCCAGUUUUUUACUUUGGAGACACUGAGUACCAGGUAGAUGAAAGUGAAGGCUACGUGGAAGUCCAGGUCUGGCGAACUGGAACAGACUUAUCCAAGACAGCAGCUGUAACUAUUCGAUCUCGCAAAACAGAACCAGCAUCAGCUGAAGCUGGCGUUGAUUAUGUAGGCAUCAGUCGCAACCUGGAUUUUGCUCCUGGAGUGAACAUGCAGACUUUCCGUGUUACAAUCCUUGAUGAUUUAGGUCAACCAGCUCUGGAAGGACCAGAGACAUUUGAACUGGUGCUGCGUAUGCCAGUGAAUGCCGUCCUUGGAGAACCCAGUAAAACCACAGUGCUCAUUAAUGACUCGGUGUCAGAUUUGCCAAAGGUACAAUUCAAGGAUGCAGCAUAUGUGGGAAAAGAGAAUGAUGGUCAGAUCACAGCAAUUGUUUACCGCAGUGGGGACACCAGCUACAAAUCCACAGUUCGGUGUUACACUCGUCAAGCAUCUGCUCAGGUCAUGAUGGAUUUUGAUGAGCGUCCCAACACCGAUGAUUCCAUCAUUACAUUUCUUCCAGGUGAAAUUGAGAAACCCUGCACUGUGACUUUAAAUGAUGAUACAAUACACGAGGAAGAUGAAGAUUUGAGAUUGGUGCUUGGAACUCCAAAGAGCGAGUCUCCAUAUGGAGCUUCAAUUGGGGAAAAGAAUGAAACAGUGAUAAAAAUCAAGGAUGGUGCAGACAAGGCUAUUAUUAAAUUUGGAGAGACCAAAUUCAGUAUCAGUGAACCGAAAGAACCCGGGCAGAUUGCAGUUGUAAAAAUUCCUGUACUUCGCCUUGGAGACACUUCAAAAGUUUCUAUUGUACGAGUCCACACAAAAGAUGGUUCUGCAACCUCAGGAGAAGACUACCAUCCUCUGUCAGAAGAAAUUGAAUUUAAAGCAAGUGAAACUGAGCACUUUGUGGAAGUUGAGGUGCUGUAUGACGGAGUGAGAGAAAUGCGAGAGGCCUUCACUGUCCACCUGAAACCCGAUGAGAACAUGGUGGCAGAAACUCAGAUAAGCAAAGCAAUUGUAUACAUCGAGGAGAUGAACAGCAUGGCUGAUGUCACAUUCCCAUCUGUCCCACAAGUUGUCUCACUGCUUAUAUAUGAUGACACAUCCAGAGCAGCAGAAACCCCUAGCCCUCCAGCAGGUUAUCCUGUUGUGUGCGUUACGGCCUGCAAUCCUAAAUAUUCUGAUUAUGACAAGACAGGCUCAAUAUGUACCAGUGAGAACAUCAAUGAUACCCUUACUCAUUACCGCUGGUUGGUGAGUGCCCCAACUGGCCCUGAUGGAGUGACUAGUCCUAUGAGAGAAGUCGACUCAAAUACCUUCUUCACCUCAUCCAAGAUAAUUACUCUGGACUCCAUCUACUUCCAAGCUGGUUCCCGAGUGCAGUGCGCUGCUCGAGCAGUUAAUUCCAAUGGGGAUGAAGGGCUUGAAUUAAUGAGCCCUAUUGUAUCGAUCAGCGUUGAGGAAGGUCUGUGCCAGCCCAGAGUACAAGGAGCAGUCGGUGCUGAACCUUUCUCUGCGAAGCUUCGUUACACAGGAUCCGAAGAUCCAGAUCAUCCCAAUCUCAUUAAAGUGACUGUAACAAUGCCUCACAUUGAUGGUAUGCUCCCGGUUAUCUCCACACGCCAGCUGUCUAACUUUGAACUCACUCUCAGCCCUGACGGCACUCGGGUUGGCAACCACAAGUGUUCUAACUUGCUGGACUACAAUGAAGUGAAGACACAUUAUGGCUUUUUGUCAGAUUCCACUAAAAACCCCGAGGUGAUUGGAGAGACUGCCCCAUACCAAUACAGUUCGUCACUGCGUGGAUCUUCUACACUCCGAUUCUACCGAAACCUCAACCUUGAAGCUUGUCUCUGGGAGUUUGAGAGUUUCUAUGAUAUGUCUGAACUGCUCACAGACUGUGGAGGCUCUAUUGGGACUGAUGGCCAGGUUUUAAACCUUGUGCAGUCCUACGUAACUCUGCGGGUGCCUCUUUAUGUCUCCUACGUUUUCCAUUCCCCAGUGGGUGUUGGUGGCUGGCAGCACUUUGACCUGCAAUCAGAGCUUCGUUUGACUUUUGUAUACGACACUGCCAUCUUGUGGAGGGAUGGAAUUGGCAGCCCACCAGAGGCUGAAUUGCAGGGUGCUCUUUACCCAACCAGCAUGCGGAUCAAUAGUGAAGGACGCCUGGUGGUGAAUUUCCGUACGGAUGCACGAUUCCGGGGUCUCUUUGUUAUGUCACAUGCUGCAUCACCACUGAGCUCCAUGGUUAUGUCAGCUGAUCAUCCAGGAUUGACCUUUACCCUCAGUUUAGUGCGGACUGAGCCAACGUACAAUCAUCCUGAGCAACAGUGGAGUUUUACUUCAGAUUUUGCUGUCCGUGAUUACUCAGGAACAUACACUGUGAAGCUUAUUCCUUGCGUCUCUGCUCCGAGCCAGGAGUAUACCAUCCCAAUCGUGUGCAAUCCAAGGGAGCCAAUAACCUUUGACCUUGACAUCAGGUUUCAGCAGGUGAGUGAUCCAGUUGCUGCUGAGUUCAGCCUGAAUACUCAAAUGUUCCUGUUAAAUAGAAAGGGUCUCUGGCUGUCGGACGGCUCUAUGGGAUUUGGAGAAGGCAGUGAUGUCGCUUUCACUGAAGGAUCAGUAGUCUAUGGACGUGUGAUGGUGGAUCCUGUGCAGAACCUGGGAGACUCUUUCCAUUGUAGUAUUGAGAAAGUGUUUCUGUGUACAGGAGCUGAUGGUUAUGUGCCCAAGUACAACCCAAUAAACAGUGAAUAUGGCUGCCUGGCCGACUCAUCUUCUCUCUUAUACAGGUUCAAAAUCCUGGAUAAGGCUCAGCCUGAGACACAGGAUCCGUAUUUUGGAAAUGUCGCAUUCAAUGCUAAACUUGCAAUAGAUGACACUGAAGCAAUUCCACUUUCCAGGCAGCCUGGAUCUGAUGGCUUUCGAAUUGACUCCUCCCCACUCUUCCAGGUUGCUGCUGGUCGUGAGUGGUAUAUUCAUGCCAUUUACACCGUGCGCUCUAGGGACACUGCUAGCAGAGGCAUUGGAAAGAGAAGUGUGGAAUAUCAUAUUCUUUCACAUUCUGGAAAUGUGAGCUCCAUGGGGCAUUCACGCCAGCAACGAUCAGUUAAAGAAGCUCCUCUACUGGCUGAGGACAUUGGCAUCGAGAACAACAGAGGAACCAACAUUCAGCAUAUUGCCUUGGACCGCAGCAACAGGAAGAAGGUUGUCGAGGAAGAGAUCUACCCUGAAGGAGCUGUUGCUAGAUCACCAAAUGACCGAGGUGACAAAAUUGGCAACGUUCCCAUUAUUGGAGGCUUUGCAGCCUUAAUCCUCGCUAUUUGUGUCGUCAUUAUCAUUGUCAUCAUGUUGAAGCGCAGAAAACAAUCAGAUAAGGGAGCAUACAAGAAAUCAUCCAGAGUCCAGACCAUGACUGCACAGAAUUAUCACAACGACAGUUCUGAGGUUUGAUCAACAUCAAGUUCUAACUCAGCCAACUCCAGAGUGCCUCAGAGGACUUGAACUGUGCCUUAUUACAAAGACCAGAAUGUUAUUUAUCCAAUUACUGUAGUCACUUGACUCCAGCUGUACUUGAAUGUUUGGUUUUGGAACCCAUGCAACAUCACAUUCACAGAAACUAGGUCAUGGGUCUCAAUUAUCAUUUUUGCACAGAAUUCAGCAAGUGACCUAAAAUGCACUGUCCAUCGAGAGGCACUGCACAGACUGCAUCACAUAUGUCAAGGGAGGAGGGGUGGGGCAGCCAAGGGUUAUGUGUGAAGGGAAUCCACUAUUUUUUAAAUUGCUUUCCCUGAUCAGGAUUAAAAGACGACUGUAUCUAAAGGUGCUAUUAGUCCUUUCCUAUUGUAAAGGAGAUUUAUUAACUUAUGUAGAUGAUGUAAAGACUGGAGGUGCAGUAGUUAGAAGACUCAAUAAAUCAAUUUUUUUAUGUUCUGUUUGUUUCUAGCUUGUAAAUGAGGAAGUCAGCAUUUUGUAGAAGAAUAUUGCAGCGCAGACAAAUGCACUGGAAGACUAACCAGUCAUGGAAUAGCAAAAUAGUUCCAAGGGAAGUGCCUUAUAAUCUUUGCAUCUCCUGAUAAAAUUUUAUAAAUACAAAAAAAAAUCACCUAGAGAUUGUUUUGUUCAUUUGGGAAUACUGAGGUGCUUUAGCUUGCACACCCUGUGGUCUGUAAGUUAUCCACAUGGUGCUUUCUUGUUUUAUAUCUUUAUUUAAAAUUCUUGGGCAGGUUCAGUUUAUUCAUUUCAUGUGUCACAUUAUGCUCUGAUCUGCAAGAAAGUGUAUUUACUGCAUGUGUACUGCUGUCACUAAGUAUUAUCUUGUGCUGCAUGAGGGAAUAGCAGAUGGUGGGUGUGUAAAUGUUUAGCGGGCUUGUUGUAACUGUCCUUGGUGGCCAAGGAUGUGCCUUCCUUAAAAUUAAAAAAAAGUCACCACAUCACUUUUUUUUUUCCAUAAUGGCAAGUGAAGUUAACUUCUGUAAGACUUCCUCACUAGGUCUGCUCUGAUCUACGGAAUAACUCUAGACCAAGGCCAGGUAAUCUCUGCACUGAUGCAAGAGUAGACCUAAUAAUUAGGUCUUCAGUAAUUGUGUGUGGCUUCAUACAAUGUUGUCGUUCUGACUACUUAGUGCAGUGAUACUAUCAUGUCAUAGGAAAAAAAAAUCACAAUAAAGCUAGUGGUAUUUGAUAUUUUCUGUUUCAGUUAAUUCAUCACUUCAAUUUAGUCCUGUCACCACUAAUUCAUCUAUAACUACCAGUACUUUAUUUUCAUGUUUUAAAUCUCAAAUCAUCUCUCCAGAAACAACCCCCCUUGGAUCCAAAUUUAAACUGUUUUUCUUUACACUUUGAGUGGAUGUAAUGUAAAGUUCACGUACAAAGUGCUAUAUUUUAUUGAGAUCCUAUUGACAACAGCAUACUGGCUACUUAGUCUUGUGUGUGCCUGCAGUGUAGUCAUGGUUAUUUCAUUAUAGAAUGUGUAGCGACAAAUUUUACAACAAAAAUGCUUCAAAAUACUCAACUGAUUGUAACAGUGGACUAUAUGAACACUGUAGGUGCUUUAUGUAUAAACUAUAGAAAAUCCUGAAAUAAUUCACUGUUCACUUGACUUUUUUUAUUUCUGCCUUGUUAUGCACCAUUAGUUCAUUUCAUUUUGUUUUAAGUAAUGUUUUAAAUCUGUCAUUGUAAUUCUUUAUGUAUGAUACCAACUCUCAUUUGAAGUAGGAAAACCAUGCAUUCGAUGGAAAUAGAAUUUAUCCAUGAAGCAUAAAAGGAUAAUUUGGUUAUUCUACACAUUUUGCUGCACUCUUAGCAACAUCUCUUGCCUGUUGUGUUUGGAAACUUGUUUGCAAAUCGAAUUAUUCCAUUGUGGGACACUGAUAUUUAAGCAAGAUUAUUUAAUUUUGCUUUCCUGGAAAGUAGUCAGUAUUAAACUUAUUGGCUGCAUAUUGUAACUAUUUGUAACACAUCAGCAAGUAUAAAGUUGGCAAAAAUCAUUUCUAGGAAUAAUGUAAAAAGCUGCAGCUAAAAAUUAUAAUUUUAACCCUUCCUUUCUUUUUUAGGAAUGUGUCAUAUUGCAUUCAAAUAAAAUAUUCUUUCUCCUACUUGUAAUAAAUAAAGUUGAUUUUACAAGAGCAUGUCCUAUUUUUCCCUCAGUCCAUGCUACAUUUCCUUUUUGUUUUCUGUGUAUUGAGUUCUUGUAAACUGGAAUUUCAGUGCUUAUAAGGUCUAUUUUAACUAUGUCAUUCAAAGGAAGAUUAUCAAAAGUCAAAAGUCACCAUUGUAGUGCCAUUUACAAAGGAUGUAUGGAACUUGCUUUAAUGUACUCUCAAUAAGCUUGCUCCUGUUCACCCUUGCAAGAGUGUUGAAAGGAGAAGUUAUUAACAGACCCUUUGUUUGGCCUUGCCAAUUCCACAUGUAAUAUUGAUAUAUUGAAUAUACAAUGAACGCAAGUCCUGACACAAACUUAAUGAUCACUUUUCUCAUGAGUGAACUUA